CAGGCCUGGGGCUCGGUGGACCUCCUCACGACUGGCCCUGUCCUUUCGCCACCGCGGCCCCGGCUGCGCUCGCGGGAAACUUUGCCCGGCGAAGUCCUCUGCCCUCCUGGCCAAGCCUUGACAGUUCACCUAACGCCCCCCGGGGCCCCACACAGCGCGCGUGAUUGCCACGCCGCCCCGCACGGUGCAUCCGCGGCGCCGGGCCGCCAGGAUGCGCUACGCAGACCCCUCAGCCAACCGGGAUUUGUUGGGGAACCGAACUUUGCUCUUCAUUUUCAUCUGCGCCUUCGCCUUGGUGACCUUGCUGCAGCAGAUCCUGUACAGCAGGAGCUACAUCAAGAGGUACUUUGAAUUUUACAAGGGGCCUUUAGAAUUUAACUCCACAAGAUGCCUGGAGCUGAGGCAGGAGAUCCUGGACGUGAAGGUGCUGUCCAUGGUGAAGCAGUCUGAACUGUUUGACAGGUGGAAGCGCCUCCAGAUAUGCAACUGGGCAAUGGACACCUCCGAAGCCAACCUGUUCAAGUCCACCUUGUCCAAGUGCUGCAACGCCCCUGGCUUUCUCUUCACCACCCAGAAGAACACUCCAGUUGAGACGAAUCUCAGGUAUGAGGUGGUGUCCAGUGGCUUCUUCCACAUCAAUCAGGAAAUCUUCCAAAUGUUUCCCAAGGAAAUGCCCUACUACCGAUCUCAGUUUAAGAAGUGUGCCGUGGUGGGCAACGGAGGCAUCUUGAAGAACAGCGGCUGCGGGAAGGAGAUCAACAGUGCCGACUUUGUCUUCCGGUGCAACCUGCCCCCCAUUUCAGGGGAGUAUGCCACAGAUGUGGGGGAGAAGACAGAUGUAGUCACCGUGAACCCCAGCAUCAUCAUUGACAGGUUCCACAAGCUGGAGAAGUGGCGGAGGCCCUUCUUCAGGGUGCUGCAGAUGUACAAGAAUGCCUCGGUGCUGCUGCCCGCCUUCUACACCAUACGCAACACCCUCGUGUCCUUCCGCGUCAAGUACCUGCUGGAUGACUUCGGGUCCCCGCAGCAGGUCUACUUCUUCCACCCGCUGUACCUGCUAAGCGUGUCGCGCUAUUGGCUCAACCUGGGCGUGCGCGCAAAGCGCAUUAGCAGCGGCCUCAUCCUAGUCACGGCGGCGCUGGAGCUCUGUGAGGAGGUGCACCUGUUCGGCUUCUGGGCCUUCCCCAUGAACCCCUCGGGCUUUCACAUCAUGCACCACUACUACGACAACGUCAAGCCCAAACCCGGCUUCCACGCCAUGCCCUCUGAGAUCUUUGCCUUCCUUCACCUGCACAGCCGGGGCAUCCUCCACGUACACACAGGCACCUGCAAUUACGGCUGACAGACAGGCCCACCACGGGUGUCUCAGCUCCCAUCCGCCUCUCUUCAGGGUUCCCUGGCCCUGCUAUUGUUGUUCCCUAAGGAUUUAGGGUUUGUCUUUGGAUCCUGGGGAGGGAGUCAGGGACAGAACCCAUGCAACGUCAGCUCUGUCCUGAGCCUCCAUCCUGUGCCUCCAUUUAGCUCCCGGGCCACUCUCCAAGGUCGGGGCCUCAUAAGCACACAUCCACUCAGUUUCAGCUUCCCAGAGAACACAUUUGUGGCCUGCUUGUAGCUAAGUCAGGCCCUGCUGAAAAUAGACUGGCAGGUGAGCCAUCCCCUUAACAGGGGAGAGCACAGUCCAGGUCUCGUUUGGACAUUUGGCUGCCCAAGUUUCAUACCAGGGACUCAGCCAUGAAUCACCAUCUAGAAUCUCAGGGCUCAGAGGCUAGCCCUUCUAGGGAACAAACAGUGGCCAAGCGUCCUGGUCUACCUGGCUGGACUCCAAAGGCUUCAGGGAUAGCUCAUCAAGGUCUGUGUUAGCAUCACCCCAAGACUCCAGUAGCUGAGAGCCAUCCCCCUCUUAAAAAUAGCCCUUGGACACACACAGCCUCGGUGCCUCUAGGUUCCAGCAUUUAACCUUUGACAAGAAGGAAAUAAACCAGACCAGCCAUUUGCACUAAGAUCUCCAAGCCAAUGUUAUCGACUCAAUAAGUGCUUAGCAA